CAUGUCCACACUUCUGAGAAUAAAAGAUCAGUCAUGACCGGCCAGCGGGUUAUCUGAGCGAAGAUAUAAUAUUAAAAGCUAAAUAAAUUGACGUCUCCUUCGCAGGCAAUGUCAGUGCGUUCACAAAAACCUCGGUGUGUUGGUCUCUAGUAGUCUCCUGUAGUUAUUUGUGUUGUAUGGUGUAUUGAUUUGAAUACGCAGACAUAUUAGACCACAAUGUGGCGACUUCUAAUAAUCGCCUCUGUUGCUGUGGUAGCUUUUGCUAGACCAGAGCUAUAUAAAGAGACGGAAGACUUUCAAUUUUCAAGAAGUUCAUCUGAUGAUGGCACUAAAUCCGGAUUUUACGGGGCCCGCCGAGGGAACAUGGGCGGAAAUUACGAGAGAGCACAUAACAUGGAUGGCUUAGCGCAGCAUCAAAUGAGUACGGCCGUACGUCAAGUUGAAGGCGAAUUAGGCGAAGGCGCUAAAACAAGGACAGGCAGCGUUUACACUGCAGCAAAUUCUAGGGGCAUAUUUGGAUCUGGGAACUACGAUUUAAGCAAUCUCAAGGGAAGAAACUUUGAAGAAAGCGAGUCCUUUGGAGAUUCUCAUUCCUCUUUAACCUCUCAAAAUACCGGAUAUAGAAGCUACACAAACUCAGCAGCGCAAAAUGCUGGAUACAGCAGUGGUUUUACCAAAAGCUCUAGGCUGCAUUCAGGUUAUCAAGCAGCUGAUUAUUCAGAUGAAUUCGCACGAAAAGAAAAUGCUCACGUACAAGAUUACCAAGGAAACAGACAACAUAGUUAUGGAAAACAAGAGGCUUCUGGAAGUGACUUAAAAUAUUAUUCUCAAAGUAGAAAUCAUGCUCAAAACCAGUACGAUUACAGGCAAUCAAAUCUACAUAACACCUAUGAUUCUAAUGUAUAUAGCAGACAACCAACUGAUGCACCCGUAAGUAUGGUUAUGAGGCCAGGUUCUGUUGUAGCCAUUCCCAUCACAGCCCAUGCCCAAGAUGUUACUGCAUAUAGAGAUACAUCCUAUAAUCAAAACAGUGAAGCUGAAGUGUUAGAUGGUUCUAAUGCGCGGAUUUACGUAAGGCCUGUAAGUGCGCCUAAACAUUACGAAUCAUCAUACAGUUACCGCAAAGAAUGGGAAAAGCACAAUUCGCAGCCUGUAACUAUUAUACCAACGGAGAACCCAUUCCCGAAAAACAGUGAACUCUAUGAUGACGCACAUUUGUUACAAAAUGCUAAGAGCCAGUUUAGUACAUCAGACAUAAGCAAUGCACAUUCCAGCAGUGCUAAUCUUGCUCAAGCAAAUAGUUACAGUGCCAACACAAAAUCAUCAUCGUUGAGUAAAUCAAGACAGUCUGAAUUCCAACAUCAAGGUUCAUCGGCAGCAGCCCUUUCAAAUGCUUACACACUUGAUGGACACAGAGUCCAAGAGGAAAACGCAGUUGAUGCUAAUAAAUUUGUCGAGGAUUUAAGCUCUAAGCCGAAAAGUUAUCGUUCUUCAUACUCUUAUCACAAAUCAUGGGAAAGACGAGGAGAUCCUUAUGUUAUUAAACCUGUAGGCAAUGACGUUGCCUCUCAAAGGCUUAUAUCUGCCUCGAACAAUCAAGAUGCUUUUUCAUCUCACCAAUACGGCGCUCAAUAUAAACAAGCUCACCAAAGGUAUACCCAAGACGGUAUUGAUUGUGAUUGUGAUGAAAAUGGCCACAUCCGCGUAGUUCGUUCGCCUGAUCCUAAAGCAUAUUACAAUGAUCAAGAACAAGAGCAACAGUUAGAAGCUUUACAAGAUAUGGGUCAACAGGUACAGAACCAAUGGGAAAAUUUAGAAGAUAUGAGUCAGCAAACCCAACAAUUAGGACAAUUUACUCAAAAUAAAUGGGACAAUUUGGAAGAUUUAGGUCAAAAAACAGAACACCAAUGGGAUAAGAUGGAAGACUUUGGUCAGGCCAGUCACAGUCAAUGGCCAAAUCAUGAAGAUGUUGGACAACAAACUCAAAAUCAAUGGGGUGAUUUACAAGAACAAGGACAAGAACCACAGAAUAAAUGGGAUAAUCUUCAAUACUCGGGACAACAAAUACAAGAUCAAACUGAUAUACAUCAAAAUAUGGGACAAAAAGUCCAGAAUGACUGGAAUACAUUACAAACUUUUGAUCAACAAGCUCCAAGUGAUAUAACACAACAAACGCAAGACGACAAAUUUGAACACUUUCAUGAACAAUCUGCAAAUGAAGAUGAUCUUACAUCUGUACCAAGUAUAAAUCAAAACGCAAGUGAUAAGACUAAUAAAUAUAAUUCAGAAACUCAAAACUGGAAUGUAAUAAAUAAUUUCAAUACAGCCCAGUUAACACAUUCUUUUGAUCAAAGGGAAACAAUAACAACAGAGCAAAAAGACGUAAACAUUGAACAGCAGAAUCAAUUUUGGAACGUAUUUCAGGAAAAUUACCCCUACAAUGAUAAAAAAUUCACUGGUCAAAGUAUUUCAAAGCAAGAACAAGCACAAGUAUUUCAUCACGACAAAAAAGAAAUGAACAAUGACUACAACACAGCUUACACACAAUGGAAUAAGACUGAUGAUAAACAUGUUAUUUUUCAACAAAAUCAGUAUGAUGAUAAUCCUAUAAGUAAUUUAGAUGAUGAGGAUUAUGAUGCUUCCCCUCUUUUACAAUUGUGGAACAAAUUGGAUAGAAUAGAAAGCUCCCAAAAAAAUGAUAGUUUAGAACAACAAGAAUCAUCUCAUUCUACACAAUCAACAUACCACAGCUUGGAUAAAUUUGAUUGGCAACAUUCACAAAAUGGUGACAAAGUUUUAAAUAUCUCCUCAACUAGCGAUUUACAGAAACCUUUAACAACAGGACAUUCUCAACAUGAGCAAUCACCAAUUACAUCUAUGAUAUAUACACAGAAACCUACACAAGAUAUUACAACUCAAAGAAGCACACCAAAAUAUGUACCUCAAACUAAUAUUAUACCUCAAGGUCCUGUUGAUAUUGGGCGUGGGGAUAUUGGAGCAGAAGAAACAAUAGUAGAAAAUACAGAUACAGGCAAUAUAGCUAUACUUAUUCCAAAAUAUCCUCAAAACCCACAUAAAACACCACAGGAAAUAGAAUCUCUAAGUCUGACUGAAAAAAGUAAUGACUAUCAUAGGUCCCAAAUAGAAAAAAGUGAAACACAAACAAUCGAAGAAGAUAGACAUUCUAUACCCAAACAUUACCAUGGGCAUAAUUAUGUAAAUAACAUACAGACAGAAACCUUACCUACAACAGUUAAAUACAAUAAAUUUAUUAGUAGUAGCACUCAGAAGAAUUUAUAUGAACUGCAAGAUGCUAAUAUGUAUAUCAACCAAGAGAUCUUAAACCAGAACCAAGAAGUUGCAAAUACACCCAAAGAAAGUAUUUCACAGUUCGAUGACAACCAAAAGCUUCUAGGUAACAACAACUUUGAGAUAGGCCCUCCAGAUUUUGAGCAGCAAAAUAUGGAUACACAAUUUGUAGACUUUAAUCAAAAUUCACAGGGAUCAUUUGAUUUGGGACAGCAACAACAAAGUUCUUGGCAGCCAAGCUCUAACUUUGAACAAAGUUAUGUGCAACAACUCGAAAAUUUUGGAAAAUUCAGUAAUGAUGGUAACCAACAUAUUCAAGACCAAAUACAUGACCAACAAGUUGAGACUUUUGAAGUUAACAAUCAAUAUAAAAGUCAACAAAAUUUACAUCAAGAUAAUUUAAAGCCCGCAAGUGAAGGUCCUAAAGAAGGCAGGAACCAAUAUGUUAAGCCACAUAGAGAAAUUGAACAAGAGCCUGCUGCAGUAUUUGAAGAGACACAAAUAAGUAAAAAAGUUGAACCUCAAGUAGCUUUUCCAGAGAAAGAUGUGAUUGCUUCUACAGUUGAGAUUCCAGAAGAAAAACCUGGUUUUUGGAAAUCUAUAGGUAGCAAAUUUACUAAGGCCAAAGAAAGUGUAGUAUCUUGGUUUAAGGGUAAUUAGUAUUAGGUAUUUUUUUUAUAUAUAGGAUGUAAUUAAGUAACAUAUAACUUUACUUACCUCUGGUAAUGAUCUGAAGUAUUUUAUGAAUGCUUGUUGUUUGACUGAAUCUGAAAGAAAAAUUUAAAUGCUUUAUUUAUGCUUCAUAAAUUAAGUUAUUUGAUGUGUAGUUCGUAUUAAAAAAUAAAGAAAUUAAAGGCAAUACAUACAUAAUUUUUAAUUCCAA